CGAUAAAUACUGAUUGAAACCCACAGGGCAAUCUUUAUUUCCAUUUCAUCUGGCAUAUUCUCGCAUAAAAUCUAAUCAUUUUUUUAUAAGAUUUUUCUGUCUGGUUUGAAAGAGUGACAGGAAAAAAUGUUGGCAAUUUUCCACAAGGCAUUUGCUCACCCUCCUGAGGAGCUGAACAGUCCAGCUUCUCACAAAUCUUCUAAGAAGCCUAAACUCCCUGAAGAAACGCUGAAUGAGUUCCUUUCUCAUUACCCUCAUAACACUUUUUCCAUGAGCUUUGGCAACGCUGCUGUUCUAGCUUAUGUUCGCCCUGAAAGUCCUUAUUUAGUUCAUCAGAGGUUGUUUUGUGGGUUUGAUGACAUAUACUGCCUAUUCCUAGGGAGCUUGAACAAUCUUUGUACGCUGAAUAGACAAUAUGGUCUGUCAAAGGGGAGCAAUGAGGCGAUGUUUGUGAUUGAAGCAUAUAGGACCCUGCGUGACAGGGGUCCGUACCCUGCUGAUCAGGUUGUUAAGGACCUUGAUGGAAGCUUUGCCUUUGUUAUCUAUGACAGCAAGGCUGGAACUGUUUUUGCUGCACUGGGUUCUGAUGGUGGGGUUAAGCUGUACUGGGGAAUUGCAGCUGAUGGCUCUGUGGUUAUAUCUGAUGAUUUGGAGGUCAUCAAAGAGGGCUGUGCCAAAUCCUUUGCUCCUUUCCCAACAGGAUUCAUGUUCCACAGUGAGGGAGGCCUGAUGAGCUUCGAGCAUCCAAUGAACAAAAUCAGGGCAAUGCCAAGGAUAGACAGUGAAGGAGUGAUCUGCGGUUCUAAUUUCAAGGUUGAUGUCUACACGAGGGUUAACAGCAUUCCACGUGUGGGGAGUGAAACAAAUUGGACUCACUGGGAUUCACAUUAAGAACAAAGAUUGCUAUGGUUUUCUUCUCCCAAGACCAAGAGGAGUCAGAGGACCAAAGCUGAAACAAAAUUUCACUAGAGCUCCUGUUUCUUUCUUCCCCCAGUUCUUGACCUUUCUUGUACUUUUCUUGUUUAUGUUUGCGUUGUUUCUUUGGGAUUGUAAAUAAUAUAAAACCAAACGAGUAUCCUACUUUUCUUGUAAACUUUUUCAAUUAUCUCACAUUUCAAAGGGUAGGUUCCCAAAAAUUCAAGAAUGGAAAAGAGUUCUUGGGCAAAACAUAUUUCAAUCUGUAAAUGGCUACCCAAAAUCUAUAUCAACGUGUUUAUAACUUUUAAGCCAA